ACUAGAGUCUGCUGACAGGCCUCAUGUACUACCGUCCGGAGGACCCCAUUAAUUACCUCGAACUGUGUCUGCAAAGGGUCCGGAAUUUAGGGGGACCCGAGAACGUCCAGUGGGACACUUUUCUGAGUGGGAAUUUGCCUAGUAUUAGAGGAAAUCAGGGAAAGAAAUGCACCCAAAAGUCAGAGGGGUCUCAUGCGCGUCGCUGUGAGCGUCUGCCUCCCAUCCAGUCCCAGUUUUCAAUUGACAGCGACUCUGAUAUGACAGAAUCUUCGGGGCUUAUCCAAGAAUACGACGUCUUUGACCCCAAUAGACCUCGGCCUAAAAUCAUCUUUGUGAUUGGUGGUCCGGGCAGCGGAAAGGGUACUCAGAGCACAAAGAUGGCCUCCCAUUUUGGUUUUAUUUGCAUUUCUGUUGGAGAGAUUUUACGCAACCAGCUAAUCCACCAUGCCAGCAGCGAUCGCAAGUGGGAACUGAUUGCCCAGAUUAUCUCUAAAGGGGAGCUGGCGCCACCGGAAACCACCAUCGAGGAGCUGAAGCAGCAAUUCAUCAACCAUCAGGAUGCGGCCGGCUUUGUCGUUGAUGGGUUUCCGAGGGACAUAGGACAGGCGUUCACCUUUGAGGAGCAGAUUGGAACCCCGGAUCUGGUGAUCUUCUUGGCGUGUUCAAGCCAGCGUCUACGGCAACGUUUGGAAAGACGCUCGGCACAACAUGGACGGCCAGAUGAUAACGCCCAUGCCAUCGACCGAAGGCUGGAGACAUUUAAACAGAACCUUCCUCUGAUCGUCAAGUAUUACCAAGACAAAGGGCUCAUAGCUAGGUUUGAUGCAGACCGAGAGGAGAACUGCAUCUUCGAGGACAUCUGCUGCGCUGUGCAGGGCCUUCUCUUCCCCGAUGGCCUGGGAGUGGAAGAAUUCCGUCCGCAGAAUUUCCGGGCCUCGCUUUCCGAGGAUCCUGCGCAACCCAAGGAAGUGGAACGGAAAGAGCAGUCGGAGGUGACCCUGCUAAGGGCCUUGUCCUUGAGCCCUCACUUAAAGGUGUGAAGUAAAUGAAGGCAUCUUAAGUGUAGCAAGGAGUGAAAAAGC